AUGUGGAUACCAAUAUUGCUAGUCAUCAACCUAGCCUUAUUAGCUUCGUCCUAUAACGAACCUGAAGAAACAACCGAUGGAGAACAUUCUCGAAAAAUUUUGGGAUCCAGUGUCGUCACGUCUGUAUCAGUCAUUAUGGACACUGGCAACGGCACUAAAGCGAUAUACACAGACUCCCUGGGCAGGCCAUUGGCCAAACCUUCAGCCUCGUCAGAACUAGCUAGCCCCAUCGACCUGUUGAACCCAGACCGCUACGAAUUCUAUACUUUCGACGAUGACGGAAACCUAGUGAGGAGGCUGAUGUCCCUAGACGAAAUUCGCGGGAUAAUAGCGACAGGCGACAGUGACGGCCUCGAGUACGACUCUCUCUCCUCCCAAAACUACAUCCCUGAAAAUAGGGUCAACGACGUGCUCAGCAAUGUCCAAGGUGUACUCAAAGGAGAAAUGGAACUGCACAAGAAUAAAGUAGACUCUAAACCUGUCUUCGACACUCCAGAUGUCUCCGAUUCCUGGAGUAUGAUCUUGCCUGCGAUAUUUGGCAACUCUGGCGCCGAUAUCAACCCUGAAAAACCUGUGCAGCACGUUACUCCUGACACCAUUAUGAUCGAUACAACACUAGAUGCAGCUUCUAGUAUAGCAUCCAGCUCUACAACAAAAGCAGUACCGCAACUAGCUGAUACCACCACAGAGAGGUUACCAUCGUCUCUACUCACGUUGGAAACUAAAGAAAACGUUGAGAUCCCUACUACUGAGGCAAGCUCAGUCACCUCCCAGAAAGAAGAUGAUGCGAUUAUAACAGCUAGCGAAGAAGUUACAAUGACAGAAGUCAGUUCAUCUCCCAGUAUUCAGCUAACUACAAGUGUGCAAGAAAAUUCGAGCACAGAAUCGAGUCACAUUCCUGUAUCAUCAACCACAAUAAGAAAUAUCCCAACGACUGAAACUGUGUCUCCUCUUACUUCAGAAACUCACGCAACAACAUCAAAUAUUACCGAGCCUGAACAAGUAACUACAACAAGUGAUCCUCUGUUGAAAUCUAGUAUAACCAAUUCCCAAGAAACACCGUCAACAGUGAAAUAUCUAACCAUCUCUUCGACACAUCUUCCUAUAUCCAGUUCUACAGAACGUGCAUCUUUAAUGACAGUGACGGAAGUAUCUUCAACUGAAAGAGAAUUAUCAACAUCUUCAACAAAUCUCCCUCUAGUAAGGUCUACUGAAGAGACAUCAGCAAUAACUGACAGAUCUCCAACUGAAAGAAAUCAGCCAAGCUCUUCUACAGAAGUGACUGGUUCUUCUUCAGAUCUGCUCAGGUCGUCCACAAAUAUUCCUGCAGAACAGCCAUCUGCAAUUACAGAAGAAUCUUCUAGUGCUUCUGCAAGUGUCAAUAAUCCGUCAACUCUUACUAGCUCUUCAACGAAUCUGGCUACAGAACCCACUUCUAUGGCAACACUUAUAGUAUCUUCAACAAGUCAGGAAUCACCUAGUUCUACUAUUGCUCCUACAGAACGAACGUCUGAAGAUACAGCCCCUACCACUGAGAGACGAAUCAUUUCUGAUUCGAGUGUGAUCAACGAAACUUACACUACAACAACUCCCUAUGAAAAUAAUAAGACACCGGUUUCAACCUCAGAGAUCAUCGGUCAACUCAUUUCCACAACUAAUUCUGACCUUGAGACCGAAAUCGUAAACCAAAUACUCGACCAGUCUGAUAAUAGAUUCGAAACUACCCAACGGAAUUCACUCACAACAGAGAUCGAACAAACUACAACUGAUACUGAUAUGAAUCUGAUGGGUAGUAUACAAGAACUUGUAUCACAAACUCUUCAAAAUGUAGAUGAGAUAGUGUUGGUGGAUGCUGCAGAAAUUACGUCAACCAUGUCGUCACCUAGUUCUUCUGGAAAUAACAUUUCGAGUGAAAUCACAGAGCCGAGCAUUUACCAAAUUAUUUCUAGCAGUAGCAUUUCUUCCGCACAAAAUGUCAGUAGAGGUAAUGAAACAAUUGAAAAAAGUGACUCACCUAUGAUGAAAAUUACAAUUUUAAAUAAGGAGGGUGUUGGAACUGAUCAAGGUCCAAUCAAAAAUACGAAAAUUGAAAAAAUCUCGGAACUGAAUACAACACAAACUACUGAAGUUUCGAAGAAUAAUGAGACUCUCGCUACUAUCACUGAGUUAUACAAUCCAACAGAAAUUACUACACUACCAAUAAAAACUGAAAAGCCUACUGCAGAUAUGGUAACAGUUACUGAGCCUGUUAAUGAAGGGCAAUCGACUGAAUCACUUUUAGAACCAUCUAUUGAAAUAAUAAUCAAAGAAAGUGGAAACGUAUCUUCAAGUAGUGAUACCAAGCAACCUCAAAAUACUACCGAACAGCCUGUUAUACCAGUUACAACAGAGAUGGUGACCACAACUCCUCUCAAAGAAGCAGAAAAACCAGUAAUAAAAGACACAGACAAAGGCGAAUCCAAUUGGACCCUAGUCCCUACAGUUAAACCACACGCCGAACCGAAAAAACCCCAAACAACUCCCUCCCCCAGCUACCCGGAGUUAAUCCAACCCCCACAACCCAUAGACUUGGAGCCUAAGCCACUGCAAGGCUUCGGCCUGGAAGACUCCAUCUCCACUCUCGACGAAGACAUCCACAAGUACAGCCAGCUUUGCAACGAGUUAGCGUUCAAUUACUGGAAAACCGUCACCACUGGGCUGAGUUCUGCUAGAAGCAUCUUCGUCUCACCCUUUGGGGCCAUUUCCUUGCUAGCCAUGAUCUUUUUGGGCGCUAGAGGAUCCACGUCUGGGGAGAUGGACGAAAUAUUGAAGCUCGAUGACAUGGUCACCUUCAAUCCCCAUCUGAUAUUCAAGAACGUUAGCGAGUCUAUCGACCUUGAAAAGUCGAAUUCUGGAGUGGUUGCCUCAGCUAUUGUGAGGGAACUAUUCAGUGAUAGACAGAGAGGGAUGCUGUUGCCUUUUUACAAGGCGAGAGCCAAGGCGUUCUAUGACGGAUUCGUGGAAGAAAUCAACUUCAGCGAGAUCGGUGAUGUCAUUCGUAGAAGAACGAACUUGCAGGUGAAGAAGUACUCUGAUGGGAAAGUUGGGGAGUUCCUUAAGGACAGUUUCGUUAGUGCUAGGUCGCCUUUGGCUGGAAUUAGCGUCAACGUAUUCCAAACCGACUGUAGCAAUACGUCGACUGCUGGCAGAGAUGGAGAGAUGCACUUCGUAGUGUUACCCUCCAUUAGGCAACGGAGACUGGUUCCGAUACCUGCAGUGGUGUACCGAUCGAACUUUUUGGCGGGAUACGAUCCCAGCCUGGACGCCACUGCCGUGUCUUUGGGCACCAAGGACCAAAUCGUCAGCACGAUUCUGGUGAUUCCCGGACAACAGGGCAUGCCGGCGCCUGGGGAUGGAUUGGCGAGGCUCGAGAAGAGUUUGGUGGAGAGCUCAUUCAAAACGGGAGCAUGGUCAAGACUUCUGAGAUCUCUCAUUCCGAGGACAGGGUUGGAGGUUCAGAUACCGAGGGUUAUCCACAGAUCGGUAAUCAAUGCGACGAUGGCAUUGAAGAAAUUGGGAUUCAACGAACUGUUCGACGAAAACAAAGCCGAUCUCACUGGGAUGAAUGGUGUUCAAAACGAAUUGUACUUGUCGGAUAUCUUGCAAAUAAAUAGUUUUACGACUUGCGGGGAGCUGAGGAAUGCUGACAGCCAUCAUUCGGAGAUUUACCCAGCAAAUGUGAUAUCCAGAAGGUUGGAGAAGUCGUUAGAUGAAAAUUCCUUGGAAGAUUUCCGGAUGACUGGACCAAACCCAUUGCUUUUUGACCAAGAAGUACCUCUACCUUUGAGGCCCAGACAAGCUAGAGUACCUGAGAUGCCAAGACUGCGGUUUGACAGACCAUUCCUUUAUUUCGUCAGACACAAUCCCACAGGUUUGAUUUUGCACAUAGGAAGAUUCAAUCCUAGAUUACUGCCAUGA